AAAAUAAUUUGGCGGGAUAAUUUUUCCCCCAAUUUCCCACCGCUCUUUCUCCCACCGGAAAAAUUAGGGCAAAGAAGCAUUUCCCUCUCCCAAGCUCUGAAGUCAGAUCAAAGCUUCUUCACUCGAGCUUUCGUCCAUGGAGGAAGCUGAAACUUCGACUCGCCGCUCUAAGAGGAGUAGGGCUCAGGCUCUGGCGGCUGAGAGCGGAGAGCAGCUCGACGGAGCCAACGAUGCGGCAGAUCGUAGCGAGCGCGAGGGCUCUCCUGACGACUUCCUGGAGCUGCGGCCUCAACCGAAGCGAAGUCGAACUACAGAAGCCUCCGCGCGACUGGCCGAGCAAAGCUUGAUAGAGGUUAUAAAAGGAAAUGGCAGGCUUAUACCUCAAGCUGUCAAGCUUUGGGUUGAGCGUUAUGAAAAGGAUCCAAAACCUGCAAUGGUUGAGCUUUUGACCGUGCUGUUUGUGGCUUGUGGAGCAAAAUACUACAUUAAAGAAGAGGAUCUUGAUGAAACUGAUGUUGAUGACGUAGUGGUUGCUCUUGUCUCUCUAGCUAAACAGGGGGAAGUUGAGGAUUACCAAAAUUCGAAAAAGAAGGAGUUUAAGAACUUUAAGGAUAAUCUGCUGGCAUUUUGGGAAAAUUUGGUAAUAGAGUGUCAGAAUGGGCCUCUAUUUGAUCAGGUCUUGUUUGAUAAGUGCGUGGACUACAUCAUUGCCCUGUCAUGCACUCCUCCCAGAGUUUACCGUCAAGUAUCCUCGGUUAUGGGUCUACAGCUCGUCUCAUCUUUUAUAAGAGUUGCCAAAGCACUUGGUUCACAACGGGAAACUACUCAAAGGCAGUUAAAUGCAGAAAAGAAAAAAAGAGCUGAUGGGCCUCGUCUGGAGUCACUAACUAAAAGAUUAACCAGCACACAUGAAAAGAUAACAGUGAUAGAGGAGAUGAUGCGCAAAAUAUUUACUGGGUUAUUUGUGCAUCGAUAUCGAGACAUAGAUCCUAACAUCCGGAUGUCUUGCAUUGAGUCACUCGGUGUAUGGAUUUUGUCAUAUCCAUCGUUAUUCUUGCAGGAUCUUUACUUGAAGUAUCUUGGCUGGACACUGAAUGACAAAAAUGCUGGUGUCAGGAAAGCGUCUGUCAUUGCGUUGCAAAAUCUUUAUGAGGUGGAUGAUAAUGUACCGAGUCUGGGACUUUUUACUGAAAGAUUCUCCAAUCGAAUGAUUGAGCUUGCUGAUGACAUUGAUAUAUCGGUGGCUGUAUGUGCCAUAGGCCUUGUAAAACAGCUUCUGCGGCAUCAGCUGCUUCCUGACGAUGACUUGGGUCCCCUAUAUGAUUUACUUAUAGAUGAUCCACCAGAUAUAAGGCAUGCUAUAGGAGGGUUAGUUUAUGAUCAUCUGAUUGCUCAAAAAUUUAACAGCACCGACGGCUCCAAAGGCAGUGAUGGCAGUAACUCUGAGGUCCAUCUUGGAAGAAUGUUGCAGAUACUAAGGGAGUUUUCAGCUGAUCCGGUGUUAAGUAUGUAUGUCAUUGAUGAUGUUUGGGAAUACAUGAAGGCUAUGAAGGAUUGGAAAUGUAUAAUCUCCAUGCUGUUGGAUGAGAAUCCGAGGGUAGAAUUGACUGAUGAAGAUGCAACAAACUUAGUACGGCUUCUUUGUGCAUCUGUCAAGAAGGCUGUGGGAGAGAGGAUUGUUCCUGCAUCUGAUAAUCGAAAGCAGUAUUAUAAUAAAGCUCAAAAGGAAAUAUUUGAAAACAACAGAAGGGACAUAACUGUUGCCAUGAUGAAGAACUAUCCUCAGCUUCUGCGCAAAUAUGUAGCAGAUAAGGCAAAAGUACCAUCUCUUUCUGAGGUUAUUGUGUAUAUAAAUCUGGAGCUGUAUUCUCUAAAGAGGCAGGAGCAGAAUUUCAAAUCUACGCUUAAGCUGUUGAAAGAAGCAUUCUUUAAACAUCGUAAUAAGGACGCGCUCAGGUCUUGUGUGAAGGCUAUCAACUUUUGUUCGGUAGAAAGUCGAGGGGAGCUGCAAGAUUUUGCACGCAAUCAAGUAAAGGAACUGGAGGAUGAACUUAUUGCGAAGACUAAAUCUGCAAUAAAAGUAGAGGAUAGUGAUGACGAGUAUUCUCUUCUUGUAAAUUUAAAACGGCUUUAUGAGCUUCAAUUAUCGAGGAAUGUACCUAUCGGAAGCUUGUAUGAGGAUUUUGCCAGGGUGGUCCAAACAUUCGGGGACAUUGAUACUGAGGUUAUCAGUUUCUUGCUCCUCAAUAUGUAUUUACACGUGGCAUGGUCUCUGCACACCAUUGUUAGUAGUGAAACUGUGUCUGCGGAAUCUGUAUCUAUUUUGUUGUCUAGACGGAAUAUCUUGUUUGAGCGGCUUGAGGUCUUACUCGAUGAACCUUCAUUUACUGAAGGGAGAAAGCACAGUAGUCAGUUGGCCUGCAGGAUUUGCACCAUACUUGCUGAAUCGUGGUUUAUCUUUCGGAUGAAAACUUUUUCUUCGACGAACUUGGAGACAUUAGGAUACUCUCCAGAUCCAUCUCUUUGUCAGAAGUUCUGGAAAAUGUGUGAAAAGCAGCUUGAUGUUUCAGAUGAGACAGAAGAGGAAGAUGGAAACAAAGAGUACAUUGAGGAGACAAAUAAAGAUGCUGUCAUGAUUGCUGCUGCAAAACUGGUCGCUAGUGACACAGUAUCUAAGGAGGAUCUCGGACCAGAUAUAAUUUCUCAUUAUGUGAUGCAUGGGACCAGUGUUGCUGAGAUUGUUAAGCAUCUACUUACUGUUUUGAGGAAGAAGGAUGAUGAUCUCUCCAGUGUUUUACUUGAAGCUCUGAAAAAGGCCCAUCUUCGGUACCUGGCAGAAUUCUUGAGAGAUGGUGACCAAUCUCUCACUGGGAAACUAUUUCAAGAUUGUAAGGACCUUUCUGCUCGGCUUUCUGCAAUGUUUACUGGUGCUGCCAGGAAUAGACAUAGAUUGGAGAUAUUGAAAAUCGUGCGGGAUGGGAUCGACUAUGCAUUUUCCGAUGCUCCUAAGCAGCUUUCUUUCUUGGAAUGUUCUAUGCUUCAUUUUGUGUCUAAGCUGCCUCCAGCUGAUAUCCUCGAGAUCUUAAAGAAUGUGCAGAAGCGAACUCAGAAUGUGAACACUGACGAGGAUCCCAGUGGCUGGCGUCCUUACCAUACUUUUGUUGAUACCCUCCAUGAAAAAUAUUCCAAGAAUGAAGGUCUUCCAGAAGAAAAGGAAGGGGUCACCAUGAGACGCCGUGGUCGUCCACGUAAGCGGCGCAAUAUUGAAGGAAAGAGACUCUUUGAUGAGCACAGUUCGAGUGAGGAAGAGGACUUGAUCAGCUCUUCUGACCAUGAAGAAGCUCCUGAAGAGGACAAACAGGAGGAGAAUGAAGAGGACGAGGCUCCUCUUAUCCAUUCCAUCCGAGCAUCAUCCAAGUUUAGGUCGCUUAAGGUCUCGAGAGACGAGACCAGGAGUCAUGCUUGAACUGGAGAAACUGAGGAAGCUCAGGACAAUCCAACUGCCUCGAGGGCAUUGGGAUCCAAGCGAUGAUAGUCAUCCUCCUCACAUCUUCAACAGAUGUAAAUACUAUGGCCUUCUUUUCGUUGUUCCAAGGGUUCGGUCGUAGGAAUCAGUUGGUGUAAUGCACUGGUUCGGGGCAUUGAUGCAUAUGUUUAUGAAUGUGAUAGCUGUAGUAUGUGAUUUUCUCCGAUGCCUAUUUGUUUUUAUGGUACCUUGUGAUUAAGGGAUAGAAUUGGUCUAAUUUACGUAAAGGAUAUGUCCAGCUUGUAUAUGCUUAUGCACUGCUUCAGUAAUGGUUUCUUAGAGAGUAAUUAUAUACAAUACCAGUACCACUA